CCAUGUAAUAUCCACUGAUGUAAAUGAAAUUUGACUGAUAUUUAUCUAAAAUUAGUUAAUUUUUGAUAGGGGCCUAUCUGAGCAGGACCGUGAUACUCCUCUAAAAACCACAACAAGUGGCUAUCGAAUGGGACUUACUGUCCUUGUUCGCACCAACCCUGAGGAAUAUUAUGCCACAAAUCUUGCAUCAUUUGGAGUAAAAGUACUGGUUCAUGACCCAUUUGACUAUCCUGAUGUGAAUACAGUGAAGAAGAUGGUCUCCUUAAGGUCAGAUAUGUUUUUUUCCAUCCCACCAUGGGUCACAUAUUCAACACCAGAAGUGCGCAACAUUCCUAUAAAUAACCGUGGUAUGAGAGGAUGUGUUUUUCCAGAUGAGGUGAACUUGCGCAAGAUGAAACAAUAUUCCUACAACAACUGUAUCACCGAGUGUCGUGAGAAUUACACCCUUGAAAUAUGUGGAUGUACUCAAUUUUACUAUCCAAACAAUGGUGGUUUCAGACUGUGUAAUUUAACGGACAUCUCUUGCCUGGCUAAAAACAAACGAAAACUGGAGAUAAUGAAUCCAGGGCAGAAAAAUUUCAAGAAUGAAAAUGAACCCUUCACUUAUCCCUGCAACUGCCUCCCUGACUGUCUGAAUUAUUACUAUCCUAUAGAAGCUUCAGAAAACAUACUUGCAAUGGUUACAGUCAACAAUAAGGACUUGAUAUAUGGUGCUGGCAUGAAUACAGAAAAUGACAGUGUGUUCAAUGUCUAUUUUAGCAAUUUUCUGGUGACACGGUAUCGACGAGAUGUGGUUUACAGCUGGAAGGGAUUACUUGCAUCUCUGGGUGGUUUACUAAGCCUGUUCAUUGGCUUCAGCUUUAUUGGAGGUGUUGAACUUCUGUAUUUUUUUACAUUCCGUCUGUACUAUAGGAUUCGUUCUCAUGCCACUAGUCACCCAUUUCUCUCACCUCUAGCUAACAGAAGAGCUCAGAAUGUUGACAGACAUGAGAGUUUUCAGUCUCAUUUCUCCACUUCUACACAUGUUAAUAUGUUCCAAAACAGCCAUUGGAGGCCAAGCAACAUGCAGGACAUAACAGCGAACCCUUAAUGCCGGACCAACUGUAAUAUGUACAAUAACACUGUAUUGAUUACACAGGCCACGUAAUGCCAAAUGAUACUUAAAUGCUUAUGAACAAUAUAAAGGAAGAUAUGUCAUUUUAACAUUGAAAGCAUUACUAUAUGAGGGUACAAAUGGAAUGAACCUGUAAGUAACAGAAUGUGUAACAAGUUGUAAGUAACAAAAUGUAACAAUUUGUGAAUAAAUAUUCGCUGAUAACUCAAGACUAUGGCAUAUCUUAUGGUAAGAGUUAUAUGUAAAUGCAAGAAUAAAGACUGAUCUAUCCAAAAAUGAUAUUUCAUUCCCAAAAUAAAAUUGUAAUCUGUUUAAGCAAUUACUAAAAUCAUGUAAACAUUUUCCUAAUUUUACAGACUUCCAACCAACUGUCAUGGCUAAGCCAUAAAAGUCGGAUUGGGCAUAUUGCAAGUGAAAUAUGUUAAUAAAUGCAAUCUUCUCAAAAAUGCAAUCAUUUUGGACCAUCGCUUACACCUUAGGAGUUAUAACCAUUUGUCUGUAACAAAUACAGCUAAUUAAAUUCCUCUGUCACGUAUCCUGCUAAUGCGACAAGUAUUUAAUGGUUCCAGAUUAGAUUAACCUUUUAAAGCCUAAUGGUUACUACGCACGACCUGGAUUAACAUACUAGAAUUCUGCAUUCUGCCCACACAGUGUGUUUAAUAUGGUUCUCACAAUAAGCAUCGAAUGUUUUCCUAAA